UCCCUGAGGGUGGGGGCGGUGCUCUGGUCCCCACCCCCUCCCCCCUGCUCCGGGCAGUACCCGCCUCUUGCCUGUGUCCUAGCGCUGCCCUCCGGCCGGGGGCGGGGCUCCAGGGUGGGGGGGUGAGGGGAGGGACCUUCGAAGAAGUGGGGGGGGCAUGCGCUGAGCAGCCCGGGGCGGGCUCUGCCGGGCCUAGGAGGAUGGGGCUGAAACUGAUCAGAGCUGGUCCAUUUCAGACAGCUCUGCAGGGCUGUGAUAAAUAAGGGGGGGGGGGGGAGAAGAAAAGCCCACUCCCCUUUCUCUCUACCACCUCCCCCCACCUCAAACAGGCAGGCGCCUCUAAUUCACACAAACCCCCUUCCCCUUAACGACGCUCUCUUCCAAGCCGGGAAGGGGGAGUAAAGACCCCAGCACCAUCAGCACCAACAGCCCCAGCACCAGCGCAUAGUCGCCCCCGCUUCCUUCAUUCCCAAUCUCCAAGCUCGGCCGCGGGCGUCUUCCCUGGCCAGCCCAGCCUCCGCUGCUCGGGCCACUGGCCUGGGGAAGACGGGUUUGCAAAGAGGACGCCCCCCGCCUGCCUGCCUCCCUCCCUGCGUCUCUCUCCUUCCCUCCUCCCUCCUCCUCUGUCUCUCCCUCCCUUCUUUCCUCCUCCUCCUCCUCCCCUCCGUCCCUCCUCCCCUCUCUCUGUCUCUCUCCUUCCCUUCUUCCCUCCGUCCCUCCCUCCCUCCCUCCCCUCCCCAAGACAUCCCCUCACGACCGGGCGGCUGCCACCUUUCCCCAGCCCGAGCUGCAGAUGUGGCGGAGCGGCGGGGCGCCGGGCGGCCGUGCCAGGGGAGCCAGCAGCGCCUUCUGAGCCCCGCGGCCGCCUUGCCCCCCGAGCCGCCAUCCUCUCCCCCCUCCCCCUUCCCUAGCUCCCCUCCCCGACCGCAGGAGCCCGCAGCCCAGAGAGAGGACCUAAACCCGGCUCGCCGCCGCCGCCCGGGGUCCCUCCAGCUAGAGGUUCCUGCCCACCCCCACCUGUCCCCUCCCUCCUCCCAGGGAGCCGCUCCAUUGCCUCCACACCAGCCCCUGGCUGUUACCAUGCACUCUUUGGACGAGCCGCUGGACCUGAAGCUGAGCAUCACCAAGCUCCGAGCGGCGAGAGAGAAGCAGGAGUGGGCUCUGGGCGGCGUCCGCCACCGGGCCCUGCACCGGGAGCUAGGCUUGGUAGAUGAUGGUCCUGCCCCCGCCUCUCCGGGAUCCCCCCCUUCAGCCUUGGGCCACCCUGACUUCUUCCCCUCCCACUCAGGAUUCUUGCUGAACCCCAAGUUCCCCGAGAAGGGGGAUGGCCGCUUCUCAGCAGCACCACUUGUGGAUCUAAGCCUGUCACCCCCGUCAGGACUGGACUCUCCCAGCGGCAGCACGUCCCUGUCUCCCGAGCGCCAGGGCAAUGGGGACCUGCCGCCGACUCCUGCUGCCCACGACUUCCAGUCGCUUCGUUACAUUGAUGGAGUUCCUAGUUCCUUCCAGUUCUUCUUGCCCCUGAGCUCAGGAGGCGCGCUGCAUCUGCCCUCCUCUUCCUUCCUUACCCCACCGAAGGAGAAGUGCCUCUCUCCAGAUGUGCCCCUGCAAAAGCAACUCGUCUGUCGCUGGGCCAAGUGUAACCAGCUCUUUGACCUGCUGCAAGACCUGGUGGACCACGUCAAUGACUUCCACGUCAAACCCGAGAAGGAGGCUGGCUACUGCUGCCACUGGGAGGGCUGUGCCCGCCACGGCCGGGGCUUCAACGCUAGGUACAAGAUGCUGAUCCACAUACGGACGCAUACUAAUGAGAAGCCACAUCGCUGUCCCACCUGCAACAAAAGCUUUUCUCGCCUAGAGAACCUUAAGAUUCACAACCGAUCACACACAGGGGAGAAACCAUACAUCUGCCCUUACGAGGGCUGCAACAAGCGUUACUCCAAUUCAAGUGACCGCUUCAAGCACACACGCACCCACUACGUAGACAAGCCCUACUACUGCAAGAUGCCCGGCUGCCACAAACGCUACACCGACCCCAGCUCCCUGCGCAAACACAUCAAGGCCCACGGCCACUUCGUCUCCCAUGAGCAGCAAGAGCUGCUCAAGCUUCGACCUCCUCCCAAGCCACAGCUCCCUGCCCCAGACAGCCCCUAUGUCAGCGGGGCGCAGAUCAUCAUCCCCAACCCUGCUGCGCUCUUUGGGGGCCCCGGCCUCCCCGGCCUGCCUGCCUCUCUGCCCCUGCCCUUGGCGCCCGCCCCCCUCGAUCUCAGCACCCUGGCCUGCGGUGGGGGCAGUGGUGUAGGGCCUGGUCUUCCAGGCCCUGUCCUCCCCCUCAACUUGGCCAAGAACCCACUGCUGCCCUCGCCCUUUGGGGCCGGUGGCCUGAGCUUGCCUGUUGUUUCUCUCCUUGCGGGCUCUGCAGGGGGCAAGGCUGAGGGUGAAAAGGGGCGAGGGGUGGUGGGUGCCAAGGCUCUGGGCACCGAAAGCCGCAAGAUUCCCGGGGAGAGGACUGAGGGUGGCCGGGCUCGGUCUGGCCCAGAUGGACUUUCCCUGCUGCCAGGCACUGUGCUGGACCUAUCCACAGGUGUGAACUCGGCAGCUAGUCCUGAGGCGCUGCCUCCCGGCUGGGUGGUCAUCCCGCCAGGCUCUGUGUUACUCAAGCCGGCUGUGGUGAACUGAUGUUCUGGGGCCAACCACGGCCAGGGAGAGGGAAAAGGACUGGAUAGAGACUCCUCCCCUCUUCCAGUCACGACGAACGGAAAUUCUUCUGAGAAAUAGCAAUAAUGUCCUGCCUCAGGGCUUGGCCAUCCCCUGGUCCGGUCCCAGCGAGGUGGGCAGGAGGUAACCAGGACACAUGGGAAAGAGGCCUUGGCCUGGGGCUGGCUUCAUGUUUGUGUGUAGAGAUAGAACCCAUGUGGACAAAAAACAGGUCACUCCAGGGUCUCUUCCCCUCCAUGGCCUCUGGAACAAGGGCAUGGAAGGAGAAAGAUAAAUCCCAUCAGAUUAAAAAAAAAAAAAUGAAUUUUUGACCCAUAGGAGUGAGCACCUUGGAUCCUAUUGACCUCACUCCCAAUCCAGCUCCUCUACCUUCAGCAAAGGGUCUGGUCCCACUUCUUUUUAGAAAGGGAAUACCGCUGUCCAGUCCCUUUUCCCAUGCUGCACCAAAUCUACUCUGCUCUCCCUCGGUUUCCCUUUUGGAAUGCUGCUCCUCAGUCUGGCUUGGCGUUCAGGUCUUCCCUCCUAUGUUUAUCUGGUGCCAAAUGACCACUGUCACAAGGCUCCAUCCCUUUCUCCUUCCAGCCAGAUACGCUGCCUUCAUAUCCUGACGGUGAGGGAGCUGGGUCAAAUAGUCUUCCACUCUCAACGGUGGAAGCCUCAUCCCUGACGUUUUCAUCCCGUGGCUGCCGUGAGCUACACAGGGCCAGGAGAAUCCCAAUGGCCCCCCACAAAACCUCCCCUUCCUCUUCAGUUGGCCCCUACCCAGCUUUGGGAAACCACAGACCCCUCUCCUAUUUUUUUCAGAGGGAGAGCUAGACAGACACAGAUCUUGACAGUGGCCAUGGAGAGAACAGGUCCUUUCCUUGCCUCCCUCUCCCUGCUAAUUGACAAGGUAUCUCCCACCCUGUGGGAGGGCUGCUCCCCCUAGCUGUUAUCUUUGUGCUGAGGAAGAGGAACAAGGCAGGCCUGUCUCCCUUCUGCCCAUAAAAGCUGUGCACCCAACUCAAACACCAGGCAGAUCCUUUUUUUCCUGGCUGAACAGAAAACUUGAGACUCUAGAGCUAAGGAGAGCUCACAGGGCCAGGGCAUUCCCAUAGCAGGUAGAUGGCAAAUAAGGAGAAGGCAGGCCCUGGAAAUUCCUGAAUUUGCCUCUCCUGAACCCCUUUUCUUUUGAGAUUAAAUUAAGAAUUUGCCUACAGUCCCUCAUGGUCAUCCCCUUGAUGGUCUCAAUUCAGGACAGGAAUAUAGGCACCUGAUCCACACUGAGGUGGUUUUCAGACCAUCCAUGGUGUUCAGCUGCCAAGUUGCCUAGUUCCCUGCUGUUAACCUUUUGUGCAGUACCUCAGCUUAGGGAAAAGGAUGGUUGCCGCACUACCGCUAGAAUUCUGUUGCUUUCCUUUGGUCAUCUAUUUCCUGGGACAUCCCCUGAGCCUAUAGUCUUAGAGUUGGGACGUCAAGGAGAGGAGAAUUCAGUUCCAACCCAGUUCAGCCUUUGCCGGAGCAAGCAGAAGACUGCAAAGGCAUUGUCUGAACAUUAGCUGGGAAUCCUGGCUGCGUUCUCACAUUACAGAAUCAUCAAACAGAAGACAGCAGGAAGGUUGUUGGAAUCGAGAACCAGCAAGGAGACAGAGCAGGAGCUAGGUAGCAUGUUCUAGAGGCAGCCAGAAGUGGGGUGUGUGUAUGCCAUAUUCUGGGACCAGAAGGAAAGGGGAGAUGUCACGUGAAGGGGCCAUACCUGCAUUUACUGGGGUGGAAUAGGGCUAGCUUGCAAGAACAGGUUUUCCCAAGAUAACUGUGGUUUGAGGCAGCUGGUUGAAACUUUGAAUUCUGGGGGCUGUGGUCUCAAAUAAGCUUGCAUGGGAAGAGCUUAACUGUCCGUGACUCUGAGGAACUUGAGUGGCAAACAGCAGCACAUGAAGAAUUUGGGGCUGCACUUUAGGAAACCUGCAUUCUAGCUCCACUAAUGGGUCAGCCCAAGCUAUUUCUUUUCUCCCUCUUCCUAGCCCCGUGCCGCUCUAAACCCCUUGGCCUUGUAAAACUUGGGAGAUGUACAGCCAGAGAAAAAGGGACAUUGCAUGUGUUAUUGUAAACCCUCCCCUCCAAAGGCUGGGGAGCCUCUUGUUUGCUCCCCCCAGUGUGCUACCCUCCUAUUUGAUGAUGGCUGGAAUUGCCUGACCUGCACCGUAAGUACUGUAAGCUCACCUAGAUCCUACAGAGCCAGAGAAGCCUGGCCUGUACUGCAGGCACGAAUAAGCUAAAGAAAUCCCUUAGAUGAGGGGGCACCUCAGCAGGAUGGUGGAGGUCCUGGGUGAGGGUCCACUCCUAUAGCUACUUUUCCCAUUCUUAUCUGCCGGUCCCCCCUCCCUCUCUCAGCUGUGAGACAGUAGGACGGCUCUCCCAGGAGAACUCAGUAUUGGCUUGCUCCCUUCUCCAGGGGGCCCUUUACCUCUUGCCUCUCGGGAGGUAACCUGGUGUCAUAGAAAGAGCACUGGACUGGGAGUCAGGAGAUCCAUAUACAAGUCCCUGCUCUGCCACUGACUUAGUAUGUUUUGUCCCGUAAGCUUGCUAUGAUGGUAAGCAAGCCGCUUCUUUUGUAUGGGCCUGUUUGCUCAUCUGUAAGACGAGGGGGCUGGACUACGGAUCCCUCAAGUCCCUUCCAGUUCUGACCUUGUUAGAUUCUACUUGCCUCUUCUCAACUGGGUGGCUCAGUGCUACCACCUCCCCGACUGCCCUUCUCUUCAGAAGGGUCACUCUGUCCUGGCCCUCACCUCUGCUGGGCUUUCAGCCCCAGGCUGUGAUUAGGUUACAGCAGCCAGGGUUUCCCACUGAAUAGAGGACCCAAAUAUGGAAGGAGGGAGCUGGUCUCCCUCUUUCUGUCCUCUACCAGAAACUAGACACCCCACCCUUAUCCCACCCAUCUAUGGGCCCCAGGCCUUAAUAACUGGCUGGCUCAGUGCUAGGGCCCCCAGUCACCCCUAGAAUGGGCCAUGUGCCCUUCCUGACUAGCAGGAGUGACCAUCAAGGGUUGGGGGGUGGGGGUGGUUUGAGAUUCAAGCCCAUGGAGAAUAGCAACAUGGCACUCAAAGAGUUAACAUUAGCUCAGCAUGUGAUUUGGUGAUAGACUAGGCUUUAAAGGGCCGGUGUACUUUUUUUGUUGUCAUUGUUGGUUUGUUGUUGCACAUUCCAAGAUAUCAGUAUUUUAACAGUUUCUAAGUGCCUUUCUAUUGUAGCUUAUGUUUUUCCUCCUCUUGGCUCCAUUGCUGUUAGCAUAGAGUUUUAAAAAAAAAAGAGAGAUAAGCUAAUGACUAUAACAAUAUAUUCCUCCAUGUGAGAGGAAGUUUAUAAAGAAACAAUAAAAGUGAGUUGCAAAGAUG